AUACACCAGCUUUGACGUAAACCCUCUGAGGAGACACACUUUUUGGACCAUCGUCAUUGGAUCAACAUUUAACUGGAUCGCUGUCAGUGGAACAAACCAAACCAUGGUUCAGAGAUUCAUCUGUUGGAAGAGCAUCACUCAUGCCAGAGUGGAGGUUUGUCCGGCCUUGUGUCAGGGUGGGUUGCUUCCUUGUGUCUGAGCAUUGGAUCCGUGAUAUCCACUCCCCCUCCUGCAAUGACUCGACCUCUGUCACUGACCAUUGACAGUUCAAACUUCACUACUACAGACAGCCUCAACUGGACCUCUGCUGCUCUUCCAACACAGCCGACCUUCAUCACAGCCACCACAGCCACACUCCACAACUUUGAUAACAAGUCAUGAGAAGAGCAGGAAAGCAAGAUGGAAUAUGGCGAGGAGAAAGCUGGCAACACAAAUCCUUCCUUCUGUGACACUGAUGCAGACUUAUAAAUGUUUUAUAGAUGUUUGUCAGAAAAAGUCUGGAUUCAAUGUUGUUAGUUUUUUUGUUAUGUUCCCUUAAAAAUAAAGUAGGACAAAUUUUUAUCCUUUAGUCUUCUGCAAGAAGAGUCUCACUGUGGAAUUAUAAGUCAGCCUUUUCAUAGGAGGCUGGAAGCAUGACGUGGGAUCACGGAUUACAUUAAAGAAAGAAGACACAACUCUAUCAUCUUGUCCAGUUUUUAGAAGACACAUUUUGGUCCAACAGGCAGAAAUGUCAGGGGAUUCUCAGGUAGCUGGCUCCUUUGUGACUGCAGACUAUGUGGUGUUUGCUCUCACGCUGGUGGUAUCUGCUGCUGUCGGUUUCUAUUUUGCCUGGGCCAGCAGGGGCCAACAAAGCUCCAGGGACUUCCUAACAGCGGGUCGAAAAUUGACUGCUUUGCCCGUCUCCAUGUCCAUGACUACAACCUACAUGUCAUCCAUCACAGUGCUGUCCAACCCAGCUGAGGUGUACCGCUUUGGAGCCAUCUUUGCUUACCUUAGUGUUUCCUAUGUAUUGUCAACGGUGGUUGUAUCGGAGGUCUUUCUCCCAAUCUACUACAGGCUGGGCAUCAACAGCAUUUAUGAGUAUCUGGAGCUGCGAUUCAACAAAGCAACCCGUCUGCUGGGAACUGUGCUCUGCAUUCUUAAUAUAACCCUCUUCAGUGGAAUCGUCAUUUAUGGCCCAGCUCUAGCUUUCAGCCAAAUUGUUGAUCUGGAUCUGUGGGGUGGAAUUUUUUUAACAGGCAUCGUGUGUACUCUUUACUGCACAUUGGGUGGACUGAAGGCGGUGGUGUGGACUGAUGUGUUCCAGCUUGGAAUAAUGCUUGCAGGUUACCUGGCUGUCAUCAUUAAGGCUGUGAUAUUACAAGGAGGAGUUCCCACCAUCAUUUCAGAUGCACAACAAGGAGGGAGACUCAACUUUAUCGACUUUGACAUAAACCCUCUGAGGCGACACACGUUUUGGACCAUCGCCUUCGGAGCAACAUUUAAUUGGAUUGCUGUCAAUGGGACGAACCAAACCAUGGUUCAGAGGUUCAUCUGCUGCAAGAGCAUCACUCAUGCCAGAGUAGCCCUGUACAUCAACAUGUUAGGUCUGUGCACCUUCCUGACGGGUUCAGUGUUUGCAGGGUUGUGCCUUUAUUCAGUCUAUAGGGACUGUGACCCAUGGACGGCUGGACUUAUUUCUGCUCCUGAUCAGCUGAUGCCCUAUUUGGUGAUGGACAUCAUGACAGGCUAUCCUGGCCUUCCCGGACUGUUUUUUGCAGCAGUAUGUAGCGGCUCGCUAAGCACAGUGUCUUCCAGCAUCAAUGCACUGGCUGUAGUAACACUAGAGGACAUGAUCAAACCGUACACGAACAUGUCUGAGAAACACCUGUUCUGGAUGUCCAAAGGACUGAGUGUCUUCUAUGGUGUUAUAUGCAUCAGCAUGGCUGGACUGGCCUCAGGCUUGGGAGGGAUGAUGCAGGCAGGGGCCACCGUUUCAAGUGCCUUUGGAGGUCCAUUAAUUGGUGUUGUCACAUUGGGUAUCCUCUGUCCGUUUGCUAAUUCCAAAGGAGGUUUUUCCAGCCUUGUGUCUGGGCUGCUUGUGUCCUGUGGUCUGAGCAUUGCAUCCGUGAUAUACCCUCCCUCUCCUGCAAUGACCCGACCUCUGUCUCUGACCAUCGACGGUUGUAACUUCACAACUACAGACAGUCUCAACUGGACCUCGACUGCUCUUCCAACACAGCCGACCUUCAUCACAGCCACCACAGCCACACUACAACCUCUGCAGGCAGAUUACUGGCAGGCUCCUUCUUACCUUUACAUCGGCAUCAUCGGAGCUGCAACAUCUGUCAUUGUGGGACUGAUAGUCACUCUGUUAACAGGAGGCUUGGGGACCAGGGUGGAAUCAAGGCUUACAUUACUGAAAGAAGACACAACUUUGUAUCACAUUUUCACUUUUAUCAAAGACAGAGUCAUGAGAAGAGCAGGAAAGCAAGACCUGAUGGAAUAUGGCGAGGAGAAAGCUGGCAACACAAAUCCUUCUUUCUUUGAUACGAACUUAUAAAUGUUUUAUAGAUGUUUGUCAGAAAAUGUCUGGAUUCAAUAAUAUGAAGUAUAAAUAAAAAUGAAGUAGGACAGAUAUAUAUCA